AUGGCUGACGUUGAGCUAAUUCGGGUGUGUACAGUCGGAGGCAAUGCUGUAUCCGCAUUCCUGUCCUGGAGACUCCAAGCCACCAAUGCUUGUGACGUGACGUUGGUAUGGAAGACAGGCUUUGAAGCUGUCCACCAAUAUGGCAUAUCCUUCAAAUCUGCCUCGUUUGGCAAUGAGCGCUUCAAGCCUCGACAUGUCGUCCGGGCACCGGAAGAAGCUGGCAGUACCAAGGAUGGCCCCUUUGACUAUGUCAUUCUCUGUGUGAAAGCUCUUCCCGACGUGUACGAUCUUGCUUCAGUUAUCGACUCGGUAGUCACACCGCAGCACACAUGUAUUCUAAUCAACACAACCGCCACUUUGGGCAUUGAAGCACUUAUCGAGGAGCGGUAUCCCACAAACGUUGUCUUGUCACUCGUUUCGAACGCCGAGAUUACUCAGAUUGGGACCAGUGAAUUUGAGCACAAGGGAUCGACCGAGGUUUGGGUUGGCCCUGCCAAUAAAAACAGCAACAUUCCCUCAGCGAUACAAGAAGAUAUGGCUCAAGCUCUCGCCAUGACAUUGAGCACUGGCAGGGUAGACUGCAAGGUAUCAUCCAAUAUUCGGCAACAACAAUUUGAGCGAGUAAUCGGUCCGAUCGCAUUUCACCCUGCCAGCGUCAUAUUCGAAACCUCUUCGCAUACUGCUUUAUUAGAAAAGACGGGUGUUCGACAACUGGUUUCGGAUAUCAUUGACGAGUUGAUUGAGCUGGCCAAAACCCAGGGUUGCACACUGAGUGCCGAUUUCAAGGAGAACACCAUCAAGGAGCAGUGCCAGACACAGGAAAGCAGCAUCAUGUGGCAAGACUAUGUCGCACGCCGGCCAAUGGAAGUAGAAACGUACCUGGGAUCGCCCAUCAAGCUCGCCAAGGCUGCCAACAUCAGCCUACCGCGCAUCGAGACGCUGUAUGCCGUUUUCCACCACCUCAAUGUCGUCAAUCAGUCGCGACCCAAGGAGAUGAAUGGAGUGCCUCCGCCUCACGGAUCGCCUUCCGGACCAAUGCCAGGCCCGCGGAUGUCGUCUAAUGGGCCGCCGCGCAGUGUCUCUAACGGAAUACCUAACGGAAUGGGCAGAGCACGGCCUCGGAACUCAUCCAACUUCAGUGGUCCUCCUCCUGGCAUGCGGCGCCCUCCUCCUGGUGGUCCUAACGGCUUCAGAGGCCCUUCGGGUCAGUACGGACCACAAUCUCGGCAACCUUCGCGGCGUGGAUCCAUGGAAGAGACAGAUCUCGGCGAGUUUAGCCACUUAGUGCUGUAUGAUGACAUUCCCGAGGGAGGUGAUGGUGGCUUCCCUCUCGACAAUGGAGGAGAUCUCGAUAUCCGCGAAAGAGAAUUGCAAUUGCGGCAGCGCGAAAUGGCUCUCAAGGAGCAGGAAAUGCGCAUGAGGCGCAACGGCCCCCCUGGGCCCAGACGCCGCCCUCCCCCUCGUACCGCCGGCGGAGUGUAUGACGACGACGACGAUGAGGAAGGCGAUUACUUUGACCCCGAUGCCUUGGUUACACCGUCCGUUGAUCCCGACAAGGUUGACAUGAUGAGCAUGACAUCCAGGAAAAACCGUAUCAAGGCUCCUAGUCAGAGUCAGAUCAGAAACGAUCCUGAGAUGGGAGCUGCAAGUGGUGCGCCCCCGGCGCGCAACAGCAGAUGGGGCCGGCCAUCCUUUGGCAGCAGAAACCGCUCGAGUCAGAUUAUGAACAACUCGGUGCCCAACCUGCACAGCAAUAUUAUGGACGACCCGCUUCUCGGCUACUCCUCCAACCGCUACGGCAAUGUCGACCGCGGGCAAAUGCACCACGCGGCUAGUUCCAGAGCGAACUCACUGACUGCUCAACAUCUUGACCAGCUGAAUGGACCUGGAGGCAUGGGUGGCCCUUAUCCAAGGCGUGCUAGUCAAUCACCUGGAAACCCAUACAGUCCAUCGAUUCGGGGAGGCAAUGGCCGGCCCUCCCCUCCAAACGGAUUUGCUGGACCUGGCGGUCCUCAAGGGCGACCGUCACCUCCCAACGGAAUGAGGCAACCGGUACCGCGGUACCCUCCGGGGCAGGGAAACUCCGUCGCACCGCAGCAGGUAGAACAACGUGUCGGGGUGAGCUCCCUCCAACCACCCAGAGCCAAGAACGUACGCAGUCUGACCGGCAGUGCGAGCGCUAGCGCGGGGAGUGGUGAUUCCACCAACACCGAGUCUGAACCCUCUGCGCAUAGUAGCCAGAGCAGUCUCGGCCCCCAGGUUGCCAUUGGUGUCCAAUAA